CUGUCUGUAUCUGGAAAAAGAAACUUCUUAGUUGACUGUACAUCAGAGUUGUAGCGACAGCAGGUCACAAUGAAGAUCUUGCUUUUUGUGACCCUCCUGGGUCUACACAGCGCGGCGGCAGUGACUCACUCUCUGAAGUAUUUCUUCACCGGGUCCUCUCAAGUCCCAAACUUUCCGGAGUAUGUGGUUCUUGGGAUGGUUGAUGAUAUUCAGAUUGAUUACUAUGACAGCAACACCAUGAAAGCAGAACCCAAACAGGACUGGAUGAGCAAAGUCACAGCAGAUGAUCCACAGUACUGGGAGAGGGAGACUGGGAAUUGUUUGGGUACCCAGCCGGCCUUCAAAGCCAACAUUGAAACUGCAAAGCAGCGCUUCAACCAAACUGGAGGUGUCCAUAUUGUCCAGAGGAUGUACGGCUGUGAAUGGGACAAUGACACAGGAGUGGUUAAUGGUUUUAGACAGGAGGGUUAUGAUGGAGAAGACUUCAUAGUAUUGGACCUGAAGACAGAGACAUGGGUCGCUCCAAAACCACAGGCUGUCAUCACCAAACACAAGUGGGAUAGUAAAAAAGCUGAAAUCGCACAGUUCAAACAUUAUCUCACCCAGAUUUGCGUUGACUGGCUGAAGAAGUAUUUGGACUAUGGGAAGAGCUCUCUGCUGAGAACAGGUAGAAUUACAUGA